AUGAUAAUAUAAUCCAAUGAGAUAGUAUUAAAAUAUUCUUUUCAAAUAAUUAAUAAUAUUAGGUACCUAUAUUAAUUAUUUUAUUGAUUUAGUUUCUUUUUUACUAAAAAGUUAAGUAAUAUAACUUGAAUAACUUUAAGUUUGAAUGUCUCAGCUAAAAGGAUGGAAGUAUGUUGCAUUCCUAUCAGCUUUUGUUGGCAGCAUAGGAAUAGCAACUUACCCAAUCAUUAUUUAUCCAAUGACGCACGUUGAAGAUUAUAAAAAGUCACAAGAACUAAACCGUGCACAGUUAGAUCAAUCUAGAAUAAGGCCUGAAGCUGCUGGAAAUAUGAACAAAUGGACUGAUCCAUUUGAUCGAAAAAAUGAGUAACGUUAUAGAAGAUCCAGAACAACAAUUUUUUUAUUGAAAAUGUGUAAACAUGAGUAUUUAUUUACAGCUGAGACAGAUAAAAAUAAAAUGGUCAUGUGUUGAUAAAUGGAGGUAUCACAGUAGAUAAUAUAAAUAAUAUAAUAAUAUGUAUAUUGUAUAGUGUAAAUAGCAUACCAGCUGAUAUUUUAAACAAAUAAAAUGUAUAAUUUGGUCUUAUAAUAAAGUUGUAUUACACCUUCUAGAGAACAAUUAUAUUUAAAAAUUGAUGCAUGGAUAA